AUGGAAUCAGAAGACACCACAAUGUUAGAUGACUCAACGACGUCAACCGCCAAGCUAUCACAGAAACCCGCCUCCAAAUCCUACGAAAUAUUUUCUUGCACAGUCAAGAAGCCUGCAUAUGCAUACGCUCACCUGCGUGUGCAGUCCGACGACCCUGGCGAGCAACCAAGCCUGGACGCGCUACAGGCCCGGUCCUACUGCGCAUCUGCCGUGCAGCAAUUUCUGGGAGCCACGGGUGCGGCCGUCACUGUCGAUGUGCUCAAGGUGGAUGCGGCCAAGGGGGAGUUUUGGGUCCGUUUGCCAGGCCCGGACUUGGGCCGUUUCUCGGCCGCCGUCACCUCAUGGCCCGGUGCCGUGCAGUCCGGGGUCACCACUGGCCUGAGGAUUUUGGCUGCAGGAGACUGGUUGGGCAGUCUUCUUGGGAGGAGUGAGCAGCAGUCGCUAUGGAGUUCGUGA